UCCUCCCUCCUUCCUCUCCUCCCCGCAACACCGUCCACCAUGGCAGCAACCCCCUUCACCCCCCUCGUCUGCGUAAUCGACUUCCACCACCAACGCGGCCCCGAAAUCGAACACUGGAUCGGCGCCUCCCCCGAAUCCGACCCCACCGCCGAGAACGACUGGCAUCUCCUCCCCUACAUGGCUCUUCCCGACGGCGCGCACCAAUCCGAAGAAGAAUUCAGCUACUUCAGUCUCGUACACAAGGGGAAUCCAGGUGGGAAAGAUGUCGUACCAACCAGCGUGUUUGGGAUCAGCUGUAUGCACCAGAUUGACUCGGCGGAAUUGCUGUUCAGACCGGAGGAUGUCACGAGAAGUGCGGUGCAAAAGGCGGUGGUUGCGAUUACGGAUAAGCCGCAGGGGUUUAGUGCGUUGAGGGAGAGGUUGAGUGUGGUUACGAGGGCGUGGUUUGCGCAGAGGGAUUUUAGAAGUGUGGAGAUUUUGCAGCGAUUUCAGGAGAGUCUUGUAAUGGAUGGGAAGAGCCAUGAGGAUGAGAGGGAUCAGUUCUUUGGGCUCAGUUUGAGGGAGCUGUUGCAUACGUUCAAGUGGCAGACGUUGGUUUUGUUGAAGUGCUUGCUAUUGCAGCAGAAGAUCCUAUUCUUCGGCUCGAACUGUGAACGGUUAUGUCAACUCCAAUUCUCCCUAAUCUCACUCAUACCGGGCCUCGUCCGAAAUCUCGACGACUGUGCAGAUCCUCAAAUGGACAGAUACGCACAAACCGUCACAAAACCCGACUCCGUCCGGACCAGCGACCGACAAUCCCUCCUCGCCUACGUUGGUCUCCCUCUCCAGCUCUUUGGCAAAGGCAGCAUAUUCGGACCUUAUACCCCUCUUCAACAACUCGACAUGAUCACCGACGCCGAGACCAAAUCAUAUGUCGUCGGCAGCACCAACAGCCUCCUCCUCCAACAAAAAGACCGUUACUGCGACCUCCUCGUCAACCUCGACGAAGACUCCGUCACAAUCCUCAACCCUACCCUCAAGUCCGCCCUCUCCCUCUCCGUCGCCGACCGCCGCUGGGUCGACUUCCUCACCCAAGCCGUAGUCUCAACCUGGGACCCAUCUGACCCAUCCCGACCCAACACCCACGGCUAUGCAGGCAGCGAAGAGUUCAUCCGCUUACAAUUCGAAGAAUACCUCAUCGCCCUUCUCUCCUCGACAAAAUACCACCAACAUCUCUCCAAAACCCACCCGGACCCAAAAGCUCUCCUCGCGGACAUCGACGGCGACCCUGCAUCCGACUUCUCCAUCACCUUCCUCGAGAAAUGGCAGCAAAGCGAAAACUACACCCUCUGGAACCGCACGACAGACUCCCACCUCUUCGACAUCGUCGAACCACGACAUCCUUGCGCCGGAGGCCUCACAAUCGAAGACGUGCAGCGACGACUCGCUGCUCAAGUUUCCGAAUUGCAUCUUGACGAACGCUUCAACCAGACGCGGGACGUGGUGGGUAAACGGCUCGCGGACGGCAGGGAGCAGGUUACGUCGGCGUUUAAUAAAGUGUGGGCGGAUAUCGAGGUGAUGCGGGAGGCGCAGCGAGUGAGAGCGGAGGAGGCGAGGGCAAAUGCGCCGGUAACGACUGGAGAGAAGAAGGAUGGGACGGCGACGGCUACGGCGAGGGAAAAUGUGGCGGCAGCGGGACAGAGAGCAGGUGCGUAUUUGAGUAGUUGGGGGAGUUGGGCGGCAGAGAAGAAGAAAGGGUGGAGUGCGGCGAAGGGAACGGGAGAGGGAGGGGCGAAGUCGGCGAAUGCUAUUGCGCAUGAGAAUUGGAAGCCGAGGAUUGGGCAGGGGAGUGUGUUGGACAAGCCGUCGACUGCGGAUGGGAAUGGGCCUGGGAAUGCGCGACCGGAGAAGGGUAGGACGAGGGCCGGGAGUGUCUUGGAGAAGGCUACGCCUGCUGUGGCGCCCGCGGAGAAGAUGAUCGAGCCGCCGAGGACGACGCCAGUGGCGGAGGACGCGGUCAAGGAUGAGCCAUAG